AUGGGUGAUUUCAAUGUUAUUGCCCAGUCCAAGAAAGAGGGUGCAGUGCCAUGGAGAGAUCGGCAAAUGGAGUUGUUUAGGGAGGCCUUGGAGAAUUGUCACCUCAAUGACUUGGGCUAUAUGGGGUCUCGCUUCGCAUGGUCAAAUAAGCGUCAAGAUUGGGGCUUUAUGAAGGAGAGGCUUGACAGAGUCAUUGGUGUGAUUUAUUCCCCAAUGUGUGUGUGCAUGUCCAGGCAACUCGGACGUUGGACUGCAAUCCAUUACUCAUAUCCUAUGCAAACGGAUCAAGGGGAGGAACGGUACCACCAGAGAAAUUGUUUCAAGUUCGAGGCCAGUUGUUUGUUGGAUGAAGAAUGCCAAAAUGUGGUGAUGGAGGCAUGGGAGGAAACUGAAUAG